CUUCGCGUUCGAGACAGCACAUGGGCUAUGACGCGUGAGCACCCGUACUCCGCGCAUGCGCCCUGGGAGGGGGAAGAAGCCGGUGGCUGCGGAGGAUGUCGGCGCAGGGGGAUUGCGAGUUCCUGGUGAAGCGGGCCCGGGACCUGGUGCAGGGGGACCUGUGGGCGGCCAAGGCCUGGCUCAUCACGGCGCGGAGCCUCUACCCGGCCGACUUCAACAUCCAGUAUGAAAUGUACACUAUUGAGAGGAAUGCUGAGCGGACAGCAUCAGCUGGCAGACUGUUAUAUGACAUGUUUGUGAAUUUUCCAGACCAGCCAGUGGUGUGGAGGGAGAUUAAUGUUAUUACAUCAGCAUUAAGGAAUGACUCACAGGAUAAGCAGACUCAGUUCUUAAGAGGUUUAUUUGAGACCCUUCCUGGUCGAAUUCAGUGUGAAAUGUUACUAAAGGCCACAGAGCAGUGUUUUAAUACACUAGAAAGGGCAGAAAUGCUACUGCUGCUUCUACGACGCUUCCCAGAGACUGUGGUGCAGCAUGGGGUGGGCCUAGGAGAAACGUUAUUAGAGGCUGAAAAUAUUGAGGACCAAGAAUCCCCAGUCAAUUGCUUUAGGAAAUUAUUUGUUUGUGAUGUUCUUCCUCUUAUCAUUAACAACCCUGAUGUUCGCCUACCUGCCAGCUUGCUGUACAAGUACUUGAACAAGGCAGCAGAAUUUUAUAUUAAUUAUGUAACUAGAUCUACACAAAUGGAAAACCAGUAUCAAGGUUCACAAGAUACCUCUGAUCUCAUGUCCCCCAGCAAACGUAGCUCUCAGAAGUAUGUAAUAGAGGGUCUGACUGAGAAAUCAUCCCAGAUUACAGACCCUUGGGAGAGGCUGUUUAAGAUACUGUCUGUCGUGGGAAUGAGAUGUGAAUGGCAGAUGGAUAAAGGAAGAAGAAGUUUUGGUGAUAUUUUACACAGAAUGAAAGACCUCUGCAGAUACAUCAGUAAUUUUGAUAACGAAGCCCAUGCGCAGUAUAAGAAUCAAGUAGUGUAUUCAACAAUGUUGGUCUUCUUUAAGAAUGCAUUCCAAUAUGUCAGCAACAUCCAGCCAUCUCUCUUCCAAGGGCCAAAUGCUCCAAACCAAGUUCCACUGGUUCUCCUUGAGGAUGUGUCCAGUGUCUAUGGUGAUACAGAUAUUGAUCGCAACAAGCACAUACAUAAAAAGAGGAAACUUGCAGAAGGAAGAGAGAAGACAAUGAUCCUUAAGCAGAGUUCGGAUGAUGAAGACCCUUCUGGGAAGGGGAGAAAUCGUCACAUCACAAUAAAUAAGACAGACCUUGCAAACUCUGUUGAAGUACUAGAGAGCUUUAAACUGGCAAGAGAGAGCUGGGAGCUUCUCUAUUCUCUGGAAUCACUCGAUAAAGAAUUCACAAGAAUUUGCUUGUCAUGGAAGACAGAUACCUGGCUUUGGUUACGAAUCUUCCUCACAGAUAUGAUCAUUUACCAGGGUCAGUAUAAAAAAGCAGUUACCAGCCUACAUCACUUAGCAGCUCUUCAGGGAUCUCAUUCUCAGCAGCAGAUCACAGGACAAGGAUCACUCCUAGAGAAUCAGAGAGCACUUAUCCAGUUAGCUACUUGCCACUUUGCCCUUGGAGAAUACAGAUUGACAUGUGAAAAAGUACUUGACCUCAUGUGCUACAUGGUACUUCCCAUACAAGAAGGGGGUAAAACGCAGGAGGAGCAGCCUAAAGUGAAGUCUAAAUUCAGGAAAGGUUCUGAUCUAAAACUUUGGCCAUGUACCAGUAAAGCUAUUAUGCCAUAUUGCCUCCAUUUAUUGUUGGCUUGUUUUAAGCUGAGAGCUUUCACAGAUAACAGGGAUGAUAUGGCUUUGGGUCACGUGGUCGUUUUGCUUCAGCAUGAAUGGCCAAGGGGGGAGAACUUGUUCCUGAAAUCCAUCAACAAAAUCUGUCAGCAGGGAAACUUCCAGUAUGAGAAUUUUUUCAACUAUGUUACAAAUAUUGAUAUGCUGGAGGAAUUUGCCUAUUUAAGAACACAAGAAGGAGGGAAGAUUCAUCUGGAGUUGCUGCCAAAUCAAGGAAUGUUAAUCAAGAUAUCUGUGGUGCUGGUCCAUGGUUCUAAAGCUAAUCAAAAGUGAUGACCUUUCUGAUGCUGACAGUCUGGAGAGCAGUGCCAAACAUGGUACUAUAAGUGAGAGACCAUCCUGCUUUACAGAUAUAUAGGGAAUUAGAAAAUGUAACACUGAAGACCUAGGCUACCUGGGAACUUAUCUGAGCAUUGCCUCAUGUUAAUUACAAUAGCUUAAUACCAUUUUGUUGUACCUUCUGCCUUUUUUUAUUGCGUAACCAUUAUGCUCAGUGUUCUAACUGCACCAGCCAGGAGAUAGGAGACAAGCAUUGUCUAUUGCAAGAGAUAGAAUCUUCCUAGUUGGCCUCCUGCCCAGGUAGUAUGUUGCCUCCUGUAUCAUGGAAGCAAACAGGUACAGAUGCCCAAUUCCUUUUGCCCCACUAAUCUUUCCUAUUUCUGGAUCUUGACCACUCCCCACUCUGAUAUAUUUGGGCUGCACCUUUCUUCCAGGAGGCAGAG